CGGUGGAUCAUGGCGGCGGCGCCGCCACUGCUGGUGGGGCUCAAGCCUGCGCCCGCCUCCGGCGAGAAGGCGAACCUCAAGCUCCAGGCAUACUUCCAGUCGAGAAAGCGGUCGGGGGGUGGCGAGUGCAACGUGCGCCCGGGCCCCAAGCCCAACACCUACUGGGUGCACUUCUUGAACGAGCAAGAUAGGAAGAGUGUGGAAUCCCGCACAAAACACACCUUGGAUUUGGGUACAGAAUGCCUGGAGAUAGUCAUCCUGCCUGGAGAAGGGGACUCGAGCAAGAACCAGCUUACAGCGCAGGCCUCUGUCAACUGCAGCGUCGCUGCCAGCCCUUCCCUGCCCCAGCGGGAACAGCGGAACAACGGUGGCUUUGGGGCCACAAUAAAGGAAGACCUUACCAAAAAGAUAUUUCUUACAGUAUCUGCUACUUUGAAUACCAGUAUGUUCACUGAAGACCAAAGGGAGAAAAUUGCCAUUAUAUGUCCAAACUUAAAGAGAGAAGGAAACCCUGCCAUGGAUGGCUCUGAGAAAUUGACAGGAGAUUUUACAGAUAUUGAAAAAGCUUAUCACUACUUUGAGGAUAUCCUUGCAGGCAAAGACCCAAACCAUGAUUUUUCACAUUCUAAAUGUGAGAAUGGUUUGGAAGAUAAGAUUGGCCUGGAUACUGAAGAAAUGGAUGAGUUGAUUGUUGGGACAGCUCUCUAUGAGUAUUUUAGUCAUACCUGCAAAGAAGAAAUCAAAGAGCUACACAAAAGGUUUGGAGUGUGUAUAACAACUAAAGAUCAUGAUGAGAAUAACACAUUAAUACACAUAUCUUCUGGUAAAAGUCCUGCAUUAUUACAAGCAGCUAGAGAUUUUUUUAUCAACAUUUUUCAGGGAGCUACAAAAGAUCUGACAGAGGAAAAAGUUCCCAUAACAAACAGUUACACAUUAAAAGAGACAAUAAUGAAAUUAAAUAAAAUGUUUAGAAAUCUUCUUGCUAAAGAGGAAGGGAAUUACUUGCUACUCCGUGGUCCAGGGAGUGAGAUUUUAGUUGCCAAAAAAUUUCUAGCAGAGGAAGAUGAGAACUGCCAAGCUGAUAUGAAAAUAUCAUCUGAAUGCUACAAAUACAGGAAUGGAAUUGAAGUUGAUGCUUCUAUGUUUAAAUUGUUGGAAACCAUAUUAACCAAAGAAAUUGAAAACAUAAAUGACAAAUUUGAUACACUGGUAGAAAUAAAAGAGAAUUCAUAUGGCCAGAAGGUUAUAAUAUUUAGGCCUAAACCCAAAACUUCUGAUAUGUCAUCACAUGCUACUGAAAGUUUCAUCAGUGCAUUUCAGAGUGCCUCUGUAAUGUUAAGAGAAAAAAGCAUGAAGCUUUCAGAAGAUCAGAAGAAAACUUUAAAUAAACUACUUAAUGCUAAGAAAUUUGAAGAUUUUAAUGUACAACUUAAGAAGAAUGAAGACAAGUUAAUCAUAAGAGGCUUACCAGACAGUCUUUAUGCUGCUGAAAAGUACAUGAAGGGUUUUAACAUUGAAGACUCAACACAAACGAAAAAUAGGGCACCAAUGUCCUCUGACCUCAGCUCUCAAGAAGCUACAGGAGCAUCUAAGAAGUCCAUUGUUAGGCGAAAGAACAGUCUUUCUACUGGAGGACAGACUCAGGCAAAGACAGAAGAAAAGGAAGAAGAUGAAUGUCCUAUUUGCAGGGACAGAAUUGAAAAUAAACAAAUACUAGAAAAGUGCAAACAUGCAUUUUGCAAAAUUUGCAUUGACAAAGCCAUGACUUACAAACAAGUUUGUCCUGUUUGUAAUACUGUCUGUGGAGUCCUGAUAGGAAACCAACCAGAGGGAACAAUGUCAACUAAAACAAUCAGUUUCUCUCUUCCUGGUUAUCCCAAUUGUGACACUAUUCAAAUUGACUAUGCUAUGAAGGGUGGUAUUCAAACUAGCAGCCAUCCAAACCCAGGGCAGCGUUAUGGGCCAGUUCACCGAACAGCGUAUUUACCUAACAAUGAGGAGGGGCGAGAAAUUCUGCAGCUCCUUAGAAGGGCCUUUAACCAAAAAUUGAUUUUCACAGUGGGGCAGUCACAUACUACUGGUGAACAAAGUGUUAUCAUAUGGAAUGAUAUUCACCACAAAACUGCCAUAAAGGGAGGACCUACCCAGUUUGGUUACCCGGAUUCUACUUAUCUGCAGCGUGUUCGAUCAGAAUUGAAAGUGAAAGGAAUUGAAUAAGGAAAUCUAUCAAUUCUCAACUCUUAAGUCUAAUAACUGAACAUAAAGCAGUUAAUGUACUAUUCAAGCUCUGAGGGAAGUUAAUUUGUUUAACUGCCAGACUUAAAUCACUUCUACAGCUAAGAAAAGUAAUCUUUUCUCAUCAAAGAAUGUAUGUUCUUUCCACAAGUCAUUUACUUCCCUAUAUAUGUAGCCUUUGCAGAAUUUGGUUCUUGUGAGUGUAGUAUCAGUACUGUUUGCACUUUGUAUAUCUUGCUUUACCAGCAAACCUGAUCUGCACUUUUCCCCACACCUCUUCAGUCUGAUUUCCAAAACCCUUAGAUCUACUACUGGCUUUUAUUAGAUGAAACACUUCUCUUAGCUUUGCAUUAUGAUGUCUGUCAGCAUGGCUAGCAUCAUGUAACCCAUCUAAUCAAAAAAUUGUAUGCAGCUAUGACAGUGUUAGCUGUCAUAAGGCUAUAGACCUUUGCUUCUUUUCAUGGUAGAAAUGGCCUUAGUGAUUUGAGUUUUGCACAUGAAAUUAGCCAUGGAUCACGUACAAGAGAGUGCAUGGAUACUACUGUGUUUUCAGCUCUGCAGAAGUGCUGAGUGCUGAGAGCUGCAUUGGAGCAAACAGGAAGUAACAGUGUCUGUGGCCAUAUCUGAUAGUGGGUUCCUGGUUCUGUGCCUGCAAUUGUGCUUGAACUCAAAUACAACUUUUAAAUCGGUUCUUCAACUGUAAAACUGUAUUCUUUCAAUUGCAUCCAAUAUAGGUUUAAAUUGUAUCAUUAAGCUACUCUGCAGUGCCUAAAUAACCUGCUAAUUACCGGUGGUGGUGGUGUGUCACACACACAGACAUAAUUUUUAGUGAGUUGAACCAUUUCUCUAAGGCUAUUGAGCACUAAUAGAGAAAAUACAAAAAUA